AACCUGCUCGACAAGUUCAACCCCGCGGCGCGCCAGCUGAUCACGGCGGGGAAGGCUUACCUCAAGGCCCUGCAUGGUGCCAUGGCAGCGUCCAAGGUGUACCUGGACGCCCUGACGAAGGUGGCGAGGCACUCCCAGCAAGGCCUCUGGGGCGGCUCCUCUGACAUAGGGAUGUGCCUCAUGCAGAUGGUGGACGUUUACAAGGAAGUCCAGUCGCAACAGAUGACCAUUCUCAAGGCUUUCUACGUCGACCUGAUCGUGCCUCUGGAGACCAAUUUGGACAAGGACACUAAAGUGCUUCAGACCGAGCAGAAAAAGUUCCUCUCCUCACACAAACACCGUCUGGAGUCCUACACGAAAGCGGCGUCGCAGGUGAAGAAACACAAGAAGAAGAACAGGGCAAAUAAAGGAGCCAUGGAUAAGGAAAUAAAGCAAUUCCAGGCGAUGGAGGAGGAAAAGUGCAAAAUGGACGGGUUUAUUGAGCAGAGUCUCCAGAACGCGGUGACCCAAGAACGGCGUCGGUACGGGUUCAUCCUGGAGAGACAGUGCUCCCUCGCCAAGCACUACCUGGCCUACCACGGGAAGGGUUCCUCGCUCCUGCAACACACGCUGGACAAGUGGCAGGAGGUUUCCAAGACGCGCGAAACCCUGCCCGACAGGAUUCAGUGCAUGCUGCCCACGUCGAGGCCGCGGGACACGGAAGGCAUUUACUCGACGCCCCUGUGCCUCGACGACGAUGCCAUGUCAGUGACCUCGCAGAUGCGGAAGGCACGCUCGGUCGACGCUUCCUGCCUCGACCUGAGCUCCAUCGCUGACGAAAUGCCCUCGCGACCUAUCACUCGCGCGCGCUCUGAGUUCAACCUCGACCAUCGCUCCACGCCGGACACCCUCAUGCACCGGCGCUCCAUGGCAGUCCCUGAAGACAGCAGCCGGCGGGCCAUGGCGAGGGCGCUGUACCCUUACUCGCCCAGCGGAGACAACCAGCUGUCGUUCGUCGAAAUGGACUUGAUUGCCUUGAUUGGAGAGAAGAACAAAGGCUGGCAGUACGGCGAGAACCUCCGCACGCAGCGCUGUGGAUGGUUCCCCGUGGCCUACACCGAGCUCCUGCACGAGGAAGAUGACUCAGCUCUCGGCAGCACCAUGACGUCACAGCUCAACAGUAGAGGUAGUGUAGAGGACCCCCAGGCCACGCCCGCAGGUGCUGAGGAGCCGCCCACUGGCCCCGGGCUAUCCCAGCACGCCCACGCUCAGCCCUACCACCGAUUCCCUUCCAAACACAGACCCUCGAUCGCUUCCAUGACUCAGGUCCGAGCCGCUAGUCCCGCCGCCGCCUCCCAUGCCAGUGCCUCCACUUCUGCCUCGAGCGUUCCAGUGCCACAGUCCUCCUCCUCUGCCAAAUCAUCACAUGUAGCCUCCUCUCAGGAAACUCUGAGAACCUGCACCAGCAUGUCCUCCAGCGUGAACACGGUCCUCUUCAACCACGCCAUUCUGGACCCCCCCUCCGCCCGAGUCUCAGCCCCCACCAUUAAGAAAUCGACGAGCCAGCCGCAGCCGCACGCCAAGUCCGGCUCCAACCCCUUCACCUCCAGCGGCUCGCUCACCACCGGCUCCUCCAUGACCCUGAGCCGCUCCUUCACGACCGGUGCCGGCUCCUCCCACCUCUCCACUCGCUUCCAGAAGAGAGGCAGCGGGAACGCGUCCUUCCACUCCAGCGACGACAGCGGCUUCAGCAACGAGAGCGGCAGCAUCAGGCCUCCCAUGAACCCCGAGGCUGAUUACUCCGACGAUGAUCUCAACGGACUUGCCCCACAUUCCAUGAACAGCCUCAGCUCCCGCUGGCUGAGGUCCUCCACAACCCCGCCGUUUAACACGGAGCCGGUCUCUCUCCCUUGCCUCCUCAGCCCCGAGUCCUGCCAUUCCAGCGACCAACAGUCCUUCCAGUACAUAGCAGGGGACCAGGACGCCACCAUGACCCUUCCGACGCCUGGUCGUAAACACAAGAGCGACAGCGUCAAGCACAGGGAUCUCUCCCUUCCCUCUCUCUCCAUUGAUCACUUUGUGACACUGGCAAGGAGGAAGACCAACCGGUCCUCGCCCUGUGCCCAGAAGAUAGCCGCCCAGAGGGAGCGCGGCCGAAGUCAUGAGCGAGGCCGACGGACCGUGCGGAGGAGUUCUUCUCUCCUCUGCCUGGGCAUGGACUCCUGCCGCGGGAUUCCUGACGAUCUGCAGAGUGCUGACUAUGAGGACGUCUGGUCUGAGGACUGGAGACAUUCCUCACUCGUUGAUGUAAGCAUGGACAUCCCGGACCCGCCGUCCUUCCAGCCUCCGGCGCCGCCCACGCCCGCCAGCACCAGGCCCACUGUGGAUUACUCGAUCCGCCCGCCGAUGCCCCUGCCUCACGACGACCCCAACCCGUCGCCGAGGUCGUGCUCGAACACCAGGCAGAGCGAGUCAUCUCAGCAGAACUCGAACUCAUCCUCUGGCAACAGCACUCUGACGGGGAGCGACGAGGAGGACAACGAGGAGGAAAUCUACAUGGUCGUCAGCGACCACAGGUGCGAAAUGAGAAAGACGCAGAUGAGGAAACAGGUGUCACGUUCCCUCACGUGGGCGUCUCCCGCCCAUCGGAGGUCUCCCCCGCCGCCACCGCUGCCCAUGUCCAACCCCCCGUCUUCCGCCGCCUCUUCCACCUCAACAAGAAUUACACAGAUCAGAAGAAGCCAUGCCUCUCCGCGACGGCCCGAUGAGAGUCAACAGCCAAGCAGCUUACCCCACUCGACGCCGCCGUCCCAGGCCACGGAGACGCCGCCGCUCCCCCCGAGGAGGACGCAGCGCCCUCCCUGCCCUCUCCCGAAGGAAAGCCGGAGGCAGCCUGUAGACAGGCUGCUCCUGCCAUGGCAAUACGGCAACGAGGUCAACAUCCUCAACUACAGCGAUUACAUGAACCGCCGCCUGAAGUAUCCAGAGGGAGUGUCUCGUAUUGACCAGCAGUCGUACACAACUGGGAACUUAUGCGGUCCGUGGUACGACCUCUGGGCGGACGAUCCCUCAGUGGCAGACGUAUGAUCCUCGUGCUUUUAGGUCGCGGGAAAGACCCAUUUUGUAUAUAUGACAAAACUGCUCACAGAAGGCCAAAAAAACUAAGACUUAAAGUGUUCUUGCUGUGCAUGAAUACAGCUCUUUCUAUUUUCCAGAAAGUUUUUGUGCUAUAUUCUUGUAUAGAAGAAGUAGAAUCUCUUCUCAUUUGCAAGUUCAAAAGAUUUUGUAUAUAGAAUAUAUAUAGAAUUUAUUGUGAAUGUAGCCUUGUAGGAACUGUCCUUAUUAUUUUACCAAUAUUUUUGUGUAUAUUUCAUGCAUAAUAUCUGUUUAAGUUCUGUUUAGUUAAGGAUAUUAUUUUUUUUUUCGAUGUAUAUAGCACGUAUGACGCCAAGAGUAAAUUUCCCUUAGUUACCCCUUCAUAUCACAAUUUUCUUUGAUGUUCUAUGUUUGAGAAUGUGCAUGGGUAACUUUUAUAUUACUUUCAAAUUUACUUUUCUUGGAUUGCGUCCCUAUUUCCUUCUUAAUAUAGACAUUACCAAUUGUUUCUUGAUAACUCAGUAUCACAAAAAAUACAAUUUAUUAAAUCAACUAACAAAAUUGUCUGAAUUCUAUUUUGUAAAAAAUAAGAAAGAAAAAAAAAAAAACAUAUAUUACCAGAAAAUAACUAGCAAUAAUGUAACGUCUCAGGCAUGUUGUAAGAUGUCAAUAAUUCUUGUAUUUUAUACACUUUUUUCCCAAUUUUUGUAGAACGCCAUUGUGUCACGACGACAUCAAAUUCUUAUUUCAGGGUUUCAGUGGAGAUCCAGCAAGAGCAGGCUCGCAAAACCUUAAAUGCACAUAAAAAGAGAGAGAAGAAAACGCAUAGAUAGUGCAGUGUUCAUGGAUUUUAUGAUUAAAUAAUAUCAUGUUGUACAAUGUCGAUGUAUUGUUCGCUUUUAUAGUGUCAGAAAACAAACAAUUGUAUCACAUAUGUACGUUUAAAAAAAAAAAAUACUUAUUCCAUUAUCAUAUAAUGUCUAACUUUGGAAUUAUAGAAAAGUUAGAACAUUAUAAAUUUUAUUCUCAUUCGCUGUACAUAUCAUUGCUAUGAAUGUUGCUUCGGCACUAGAAAUAAUAAUCAAGAUCCGAAAUAUACAUGUUUGUGGAAUGAUACAAAUGAAUCGCAUAAUAUCUGUGACAAAAUAAGUUAAUGGAAGUUUCUGGAUCGUACCAAGUUUGUGAAUCAACAGAGGUCGUGUUCAGUACGGUACAGUUACUAUGGAUUGUGUGGUUUAUCCUACAAUCAACACAUUUCCGACAAAAAAGUACCUCAGUUGUGAGCCAGGCAAGGAUACUGCAAAUGCUCUAACAUUUACAAAAAGAAAAGAAAAGAAAAGAAGAAUAGAACAAAACAAAACAUAACAGUCACGAGAUUUCAUUCAGAGGAAUUCAUGAGCGAGGACGUCCAAAGGAAAGUCUGUGGAGAGUUUGUGUUGUUUUAUCCUGGUGCUCUACAAACCACGAGUUCUGUCUUCCAUCAGGGGCUGUGUGACGUCAUCGGGGUUUAUGUAGCGUCAUCAGGGAUCAUGUGACGUCAUAAGUAAGCACAGCGAAAGACUGGCGUUUGAUUUGGUGUUUUGCAAAUAUAGCAGAAAACUGCUACGUUCACCGCUUCUUUGUGUCGCUUUCCUACUUCUUUUCCACUUCAUUUGUCCAUUUCUUUCUAUAGCUUUUUAUCCUCGUGUUAAUUGUUCUCGUUCUGAUAUAUACUUUGAGGGAUAUUAAUAGGUCUAUGAUAAGAAAAAUAAAUACUGAAUAUACAUUAAUAUUACUGAUCAAACCUCAGAUAUUUCAACAUUAUUACUGAAAUGUAAAUUCCAGAAACUCAGUUGAUUAAGGGUUUUGUGUCUAAAAUAGAUACAAGAAUAUGCCUGUGAUCAGAGUACGCUAAAAGAUACUGCACCUAAAGUGUACUUACAUAUUUUAUCACUUAAACCCAGACCACUUUAAAUUCUGUCAUGAAUGUAUUAGUCUCACCUUAAAACAUUACUUCCCACAGCACUUCAGGUUCCGUUUUCUACCAGUGCAACUCUCACGCGGAGACUUUCACAUCUUGUUGAAUAAUCAGCUGAUCGUCUCAUAAUUGUACAGUUUUAUGUAUAGAUUAACAAAGCUAUGGGAAAUCAUAUGUUAUAGGUUUCCCAGUCUGUAGAAUUUAGAUAUAAAGGAAAUAAAUAUACCCCAAAA